AUGGACGCAGAAGAGUUGUUUGAGUCCAUCAUCAGAGGACUCAUGUUUCUGGCAGGGAUCCUGGGAAACAACUGGCUGGCUAUACGCUCCCUGCCCGGGCACAGAUCUGGCCUCCGCACCAACGAGGUGCUCUUCAUCAACCUAGCCGUCUCCAACCUCAUCACCAACUACCUGGUGGACCUGCCCGACACCGUGGCGGACUUCGCCGGCCGCUGGUUCCUGGGGGAGACCUUUUGCGGCGUGUUUCGUUUUUGCGCCGACCUCUCGGAAACCAGCAGCAUCUACUCGACCUUCUUCAUCAGCGCCUUCUGGCACCAGAAGCUCGUGGGCUCUCUGAAGCGCGGCGGCGCACCGGUGCAGCUGGACAGCCUGUGCUUGGUGGGCUGUUUGCUGGCCGGGAGCUGGACGGUGGCGGUGGUCUUCAGCAUCCCGCAUUUGUUCUUCGUAGCAGUGGAGGGCAGAAACGAGAGCAAAGAAGACUGUCUGGACGUCUUCCCCAAUGAAAUAGCGAGGCAAACCUAUGAAAUCUUGUAUUUAACCCUGGCUAACGCUCUCCCCGUCGCUGGGUCGGUAUUCGCCAGCGUCCAGAUUGUCAUCACUCUGCUCCGAAACAAGCAACGCGUACAGGGUCAUAACUCUGACCCUACCAAGGAGACGGUUAAGGAUGAAAACAAGAGCGCUGAAAGCAGAAAUGACAGACUAGUCAGCACUGUAUCUGGUCCAGGCCCCUCAAAAGAUGCAACAGCUCUUUCAUCCCCAACCCACAUUUAUACGGGCGUGCCCGCUUCUUCUUCAUGUCCGAAUGGAGGGCCGUCAGGUUGCAGCUCCCCUCCACCUCCACCAAAUCCUUCCAGGCCCAGCCAGAUGCGAGCGAAGCCAGGUCCCAGCUCGAGCACUCAGGUGAGAGCGGCCAAGAGCGUGGUGGCCGUAGCCACCGUGUUCCUGGUCUGCUGGCUGACUCAUCUGCUCCUGCGCAUCUCCAACAACAUCCACACUUCGUCUAUGUUGGUGGAGGUGGCCAGCUACAUCGCAGCCUCCUACACCUGCAUCAUCCCCUAUAUAUUCUUGUACGGAGUGAAGAAGCUUUCUUGCUCGUGCAAAAGGUAG